AUGGACGAAGGCUCUAUGCCCACUCGUCCGCCUCAACCGGACGUUGAUGAUGAAACGUUUUGGAAGACGCGUAUCCGAGAUAAACUUAUAGCUUCCCAUGAGAACCAUACAAUCCAUGGACGCCUCGAUCCGCACCAGAUCUUGAAGAGCCUAACGGAAAUUAAGAUAUUUUAUUCCGGUCACGAUGUUCACCCAUCUCGAAUUAUUGACAAUGAGAAUUUUGCUCGCUGGGCAAUUGAAGAAGCGUUAGAAGAAUACCAACCGGGCAGUAAUUUCAAAACAGCAGGUAACAUAAUGGAGGGUCGGUCCGUGAAUAUCAGCAAGCAAUUGCUCCUUGAUAAGAUCACGGAGGCAAUUCAAGUUGAAGGUCAACAGGACAUUGAUGCCGAGGACCCAAACGGAUCAAAGGGCUCAGAGUCGGAGAUCGUUCAGGAUGUGAGCGCCGUAGCCGAAACAAUUAUUUCCGCCUCUCCUAACAGCCUUGGACCUCCUAUCGAAGCUUGUGUAUCGUAUCUUCGAAUGGAGAAGUGUGGUACAUUUGGUCGCAACAAUCUCACUGUCUGGAAGUCCCCGUUUUUUCCGAAACUCGAUGGUCAAGAGGGCCGCAAAGGUUUUCUCGAUAACCAGGUCACAGCUAUUGUCUGGAUCAUGGCAAAUAUGCUUGGAAGCCUGCCACAACUGAAAAUAAAAUUGCCCGAGUACUGGAAUCCAACUACCGAUACCUACAAUUUCCCACGCGAGACAGAGAUCGAGAGGAAACACCGGAAAAGACUACGUAGACCUAGAUACUUUGGUGGAAUCUUAGCGGAUUCCAUGGGUCUAGGAAAAACUUUAACAACGAUCACAUGCCUUGAUCUAAUGAUGGCCCAGAGGCUUCACGUCGUCAAGAAACAGGGUGGGGGGUUCAAGCAUUGCCCCGUCCUGAUCCUGACACCCAACCUAAUCGUCGCCUCCCAAUGGGUUGACGAAAUCGAGCAGAUCGGAAACACGGCUAGCAUAAAAAAGAUCAUCAUGUCUGGAGAAGGCGCUCGGAAAAAAGCUGGACAACUUAGAACCCGUGUCCUAAAAGCUUCAGAGUUCAGAGAGUGGCCGGACGACUUGAGCUAUGUCUGGGAUGAAGACGAUCCAAGAGCGUCCAAAGUUAUCAUCGUGAUGUCAAUUGAUACUUGGUCAAGUCGGACGUGUACGACUAAAGUCAUCGAUAAAAACGGAAAAGUGGUUGAAGGAGAUUGGCAUUCCACAUUCACUGAUUUAGAACGGCAAUUUUCCAUCGUCGUGGUGGAUGAAGCUUACAAAGUCCGCCACACGACCACCCGAUAUUGGAAAUCAGUGGCAUUGUUGGAUCGCCAAUUUACCCUAUUGAUCACGGCAACACCUUGCAUGAAUCUCCUGGUGGACCUCAUGGGACCUGUGAGAUUGCUCUGGGACAGACCCGAGAGAUAUCUUCAAGAGAACAUGAAAAAGUGGCUGAAUAUCUCGAAGAAGUUCGAAGUUCCCAGUCAUCUUGACAAACUCGAUAAGAUGGAUUCCUUUGAUGAUCACCAACUCAUCGCCGGUAGGGACGCCAUAGUUUCUCAGUUGAUCAAAAAGUUUAGAGGUGAUGCGGAUAUCCAGGAGACUCGAAAGUAUCUGAAGUAUUUCGAGAAGCUAGCCAUCUUGCGAAGAGCUCCUGGUUCCAAUCUACAUUGGGAUUGGAAAGGUAGUAAGCUAGUAUCCUUGGACGGUCUACUGCCCAAGGUUUCUAAUUUCACAGUCAACAUUCAGCUUGACUGUCCUUUAGAAGCAGCCUACCAAAACGCCCACUUCAAAUUACUUAUCAAGUAUAUGGGUAUGCUGAAGAAACUCCAGAUACGACGAGGCGAGAAAAAAUCAGAGAAAAAGAAGAAAAUUCAGGGACGACGGCACGAUGAGACGUCGAAGAAACAAUCAGAAGAAGAAAAGGAAAAAUUUGAGUCAGUUCUCGCGAUGUAUCUCCAGUUCGAAUUAGCAGCGGCUUCUGUGGACAUCUUUCGGCUCGAAAAGCUCUUCUCAGAGAACGGAUUCGGCAUCAAAGCUGAGCACGUAAAGUUGAUGCGCCAUAACAAUGUCAACUUCCUUCAUUUCGCAGCAUUCCUGCUCCGCCCCGGCGACAAAAAGCCUAGAACUGCCCUAGAUUACGUCAAGCUUGCAGUUCGCAAGUCCCCGAUCUUGCGAUACAUAUUGCACCACGUUAAGGAGAAGGUCCUUGACAGGAAACCUGGAGAAAAGAUCAAGAAGCUCUUGAUCAUAGAGGCAAGGCCGAUUCUGGCGUACUACUACGAAAUCGUGCUUCAGUUCCUUCUGAUUAACUGCCGUACCCUUCACGCCGGCUUGUCGGGCGAGCAGCGCAGGGAACUCAUUGACAGUUUCAACGACGAUGGUGAUCAUUCGUGUCAGAUUCUGAUACAAAUGUACUCCGUAGGCUUUGCAGGCUCGAAUCUGCACAAGAGUUGUUCGCAAGUCUUGGUUGCGUCACAAGCCCAUAGUUUUCCUAUCCAAAUGCAGGCCGUACAUCGCGUUAUUCGGGUCGGGCAGAAGAAGAACGUGGAGGUCUACCGACUGAAAGUCAAUAACUCAUUUCACCAGUUUCGUGAGAGUAGACAGGUCGAGAAGAUCUUGCCUGAACUAGGAACUCGAGCGCAAGGUUCGAUGGUCAAUAUUCUCGUGCAACUACUAAAUCUAUUCCAAUUCGAGAUAGAUGAUGCGGUGAAUUCUCCAGAGGGACAAGAGCUUCUACAAAGCAUGAAUUUGCUCAUUGACAAGGAUACGGUAGUCGAGGGCGACGAUCAGCCGUAUGAGGAUGAUGAUAGCUGGGAAGAAUACGAUAGUAAUUCGGAGGAGGAAGAUAAUCAGUCAGAGGAUGGCAGCCAGCAAGAUGAUACGAGUGAGGAGGAUGAUGAUAAGAGCGAAGACGAUAGCGACGACGAGGCUUCGGCAACCAAACGAGCAAGACUAGAGGACGAAACCGAUUCCAACUCUGGGGAUUCCGAGAAGGAUUCUUCUGAAUCCAAAGCUGAUUCACAGGACAAGAACCCUAUUCGCCCGAAAAACGAAGGAACCAAGAAUUUAUUCAAAAACGACCUUAACCAGUUUCUUCGCCUUCAAUCGCGCGCUGCUUAUUACAACGAGUUCAAGAAUUUCCCCAAGGAGGUGAAAAGUCGCUUCUCACACGACAAGAACAACCUCAGACGGCUACUAUCCUACUCUAUCAGACACGGUAAAAACGGUCCAUUCGUGUGGACGGCGGAGGACCUGAACGACUCUGCCGUUCUCGAGAGAGCGAUGGAGCUGGCGCUACGAACUCGACUGGGAGCUAAGAACAUUGAGAUGUUACCGCUUCCCCAUAUCAGCUUCACCCGUGUUCGCGAAGAAAAGUUACAGCGUCUCACGCAGCUACUAGGAGAAUCUAACUUGACAGCCCAGGAUAUCGAUGAUCUCAUCGAGGAGAGAAAGGAAACGAGGCGCAGCAGAGAUACGAGUGGCGAGUUACGACUAGUACAGGAUGGCAUGACGUUGGAUGAAAUCGAUGCUGCAUUUAAGCUCGAUAUCACGAAGGGAGAUAAUGCGCAGAGUCGUAAACGCAAACGCGAUGAAGCUGCGAUGGCUGCUGACGCCACAGUCGGCAAGGCUUCUGAGAGUACUCUAGCAUAUGGUGAGGGUUGGAACGAGUUCGACUCUGAUUGUGAUGAUUGGGAUAAGAGUAGCAUCGAGGACGAAGAGGAGUACGAAGAAGAGGAAGAGGCCGAAGAGGAUGAAGAGGCCGAAGAAGAGGCCGAAGAAAAGGAUGAUGAAGAGGACGAGGAAGAUAGAGGCGCAGUAGGUGAGAUUGACGAGCCUAAGGGUGAAAACGACGUGCUUGACGAAUAG